AUGAGGAAGUUUGUGCGCACGCGCCCGGCGGCUCCUUCCGCCGCCUCGUCGCCACCAAACCACUGCCGCAAUGGACACCUGAAUGGUAUCGGUGGCGGACCGCGACGCGACGACCACCACUCCACACUGUCUAGCAGUGCAAUUCACCGUGCUUCGACGUCACGUCCACAGCAAUGGAAUAGUAAGGAAGCUGCGGGAGCGCUGUGGGAGGACCCGGACUUCCCGGCGGACGCAAGCGCUAUUGGGGACCGCCGCCUGGCCGCCAACGUGCAGUGGUUGCGUCCAUACGAGCUGAGUGCGCGGCCGCGGUUUCUGGGUGACACAAUUGUCGAGGCACAGCCACCGGGCGAGACUCAGCCGCUUGAUCCCAAUGCUUCAGAGACAGACCUUGAAGACGAACCUGAAGAUCAGUUCGCUGCCAGGUGGUCCGUGCAGGUGGGCGAGCUGGGCGACGCGGGGCUGUGCUGCGCAGCGGCUGCGCUGGCGCUCACGCCGCGCCUGCUGGCGCGCGUCGCGCCUCCCCACUCCUUCCAGCGCGACUACACUGGCGCCUUCCGGUUCCAGGUGUGGGUGUUCGGGUCGUGGCGCGAGGUGGUGGUGGACGACAGGCUGCCGGCGCGCGGCGGCCGCUUGCUGACCAGCCGCUCCGCUCUGUCACACGACUACACACUGCCCCUGCUCGAGAAGGCCUACGCCAAGCUGUACGGUUCGUACGCGGCACUACGCGAUGGCUCGUGCGCGCGCGCGCUGCAGGACCUGACGGGCGGCGUUGUGCAAAGCUUCGCACCGCCGCGCCAGCCGCCCGCGCUGCUGCUGCGCGUGCUUAACUCUGCCGUGCCGCGCUCCACGCUGCUGGUCGCCACCGCCAAGCCGGAAAAGGAGGGAAGCGGGCAGCGGAUGCGCAACGGUUUGAUAGCGGAGCAAGCGUACUGCGUGACGGGGCUGGCGCGCGUGCGCGAGGCGGGCGGAGGCGGGAGCGGAGGUGGCGAGGAGGAGGGCGGCGGGGUGCUGGUGCGCGUGCGCGCGCCGGGUGGGCGCGGCGAGUGGCGCGGUGCGUGGGCGCGCGGCAGCACGCAGUGGCGCGCACUGCCGCCCGCCGACCGCGACCUGCUCGCCGCGCGCACUCCCGAGCCUGGACACUUCUGUAUUGAUUAUUUUCUGAAAGAGUCAGGGCGUGUGGUUGCAGGAUGCCGUUCGCACAGUUCGCGCGCACGUUCUGGCGGCUGGAGCUGGUGCAUAUGGGGCCGGACGAGUGGGUGCGCGAGGCAGCGCUACGCGCGCGGCGGCCAUGGCGCCUGGUGGUGGCGCGGCGCCGCUGGCGCGCCGGCUACAACGCGGGCGGGCCACCGCCGGGCCGCACAGCCGCCGCCAACCCGCAGUUCCGCGUGGCCGUGCCGCCGCCCGCCGCCGCGCAUCCUGGUGCUGGCCGUGGCGCAGUGCUACGAGCCGGCAGCACCGCGCCGCCUGCGCGGCGUCGGCUUCGCGCUCUUCGAGCUACCGCCCGCCGCGGUCGCGCGCCGUGCCGCCCUUGCCACCGACGAGGAUGCCUUCAAGCACUACCGACCGCUGGAGGCAGCACACGUUGGGCGCGCGCGUGAGGUGGCCGCCUUCGUGCUGCUGGCGCCGGGACACUACCUGCUAGUGCCGCACGCACGCCGCGCGCAUGCCGAGGGUGCCUUCCUGCUGCGCGUGCUGUGCGACCGACGCGCCGAUGUCUGGGAAGUGAACGACGACAAUGUCAUCAUCAGAGAUAUAAACACUGAAUUCCAGGACGAUGGCCGCUCUAUACCGCCGCACGUUGAAGCAGCCAUUUCUAAAGUAAUUCGGAAGCAGGGUUCCGACGAGGUGGACGCGUGGGCGCUGCGUGCGGUGUUGCGUGGCGUGGGCGGGGCGUGGGGUGCGUGGGACGCGUGCGGCGGCGCGUCGCUGGAGCUGUGCCGCGCGCUGGUGGCACUUCGCGACGGCGCGCUUGCGGGCGGUUGGCGGCGCGCGAGCUAG